CAAUAAUGAGUCUAAUAGUCAGAUAAAGAGUUGGUAUGCAUGAUGAGUCCACUACACAUUCUAUCUUAUCAAAGGAUAUUAAAAAAAAAAGUAAGUCUCAUUUUAAAAUUAGAAAACUAAAGUAGAAAGCGUCAACCAAUUAAAUAACUUGUGUGCUUAGUUUCAAUACCUAAACCAUUUAAAGAACAUGUUUAUAUUAAAUCAAACGUUGAGCUUAAAUUAGCCCUCUCUUACAUACCUGACCACUGUUUAGGAGGUUUAAAAGAAACCCCUUGCACCUACAAUUACAGAGUCUCACGUACCGAUUAAUUAGACGACGUCUACUUUUAUACUCUAGAAUUACUAGACUAAGCCAAUCAUUCAAUUGAUUAGAUAACCAAUAUGCUUUUUAAUUAAUCAGACCCACAUGCCUAAUUAGCUGCUAAACUUGUAUAAGAACGCCAUUAAAUCUUGAAUGAUUACACUGAACAGCCUUACAUUUCUAAUGAAGAUCUACUUAAUGUUGAAAAAAUUGCUUAAAAUUAUCCAUAUCAAUGUACUAUACAAAAAGUGAGCAAAGAUUCUAGUUCAUUAUCUUAAAGAAUAGUCAAUGAAUAAUUUUACACUUUAAUGGGAGUAAGUCGAGACAUGAUGCUAAAUCAUUUACAUGAAACUAAAACUCUUCCAUCUAUUUUCGAUCUUGGACCUUCUCUUUAAAUGUGGUGUGAUUUGUCAGCUAAUUCAAUUCAAUCUUCACGUACUUUUGAAACCUCCAUUAAUACAUAUGAAGGAGCUCAAUACAAAUGUAUUGUUGAAUAGAGACAAAUGUUUAAAAGAACAUAAGUUAACCCAAAUUAAAUUGUCUUCAUUGAAUUUUGGCUUUUUAAAGUAGAAGAACCUUUAAAAUCAUAUCUCAUGAAUCCAUAGCGGAUAUACUAGAAUCAAAUUGAUUAUUUCAAUAAGAAAAAUACUCAAUAAGAAUAUGAAGCAUUCCUUUAAUUAAUGAAAUAGAAAACAACUCCUUAGUAUAAAAAUAAAAAUCCUUGUGGCUACAAAGAAUUAGCAUGGAUUUGA